GCUAUACUGUGCAGAGGACUAUGAAUUUUACUCCUUUCAUUGUGUUUUUCCUGCGUGUGUGUAAUUAACCAUCUGACAGAAGAUCAGAUAACUGAAGGGAAAUGGAGCCCAAUGAGACCAGUGUUCAGUACAACCGCUGGAAUGAAGACAACCUGAACAUGCAAGUGCCGCAUUCACAAUCCAGACUGACUGGUCUCUAUAACAGGCUGUGCACUGGACGGCUGGGUAUUGUGAUGAAAGUAGCAAUAUCUUUGACCCUGAUGGUUGUUAUAUUCAUUGUUGGAUACGUCACAGGAUACUACGUUCACCGAUGCUGAUGAAGACACUAUUUGACAGAACUGACUAUUUAAGGAACUGGCUGUUAUUUAAAACGAAUUAUGUCCAUUAAAGAAACAUCUUGUUUUUUUCUGUUUAUUAUUGUACCAUAUAAAAUGUGUUUUAAACUGUGCAACUCUUCACUGACAAAUAUAUUACAUUUAUUUUAACUUAGUAUCUUAACCACUUAAAUGUUAACAAAUAAAAUACUUCAAUCCAAAACAGCAUCAGAUUUUGUUUUAUUUUAUAUUUGAAUGUCAGUGAUAUCAAAUCGAAAAGUGCAUUAGUGAUCACAACACAUAGCCUAUAAUUAGCUAUUAUAGCAAAAAUACAAUUAUGAAGUUAGUGUAAAAUUAACAGUAAACCCUUUACAAUUAGUUUUUUUUUUUAACUUUAGUUAAUGCAUUAUCAUGAAUUAACAAACAAGCACUUAUACAGCAGCUUUUAUUAAUAUUUUUACAUAAACAGUCCAAAUAUUUGAGGUCACUUUUUUUUUAAAUAAUAUUUUGUGUGGAUUAUAGCAUGGAUUAAAUUGAUCAAAAGUGACAGUGAACGCAUUUAAACUGUUUUUGACAUUGAUAAAUAUGUUUCAUGAGCACCAAAUCAACAUACUAGAAUAAUUUCUGAAGGAUUCUGAAGGAUGUGACACUGAAGAAUGACAUAAUGACUGCUGAAAAUUCAUUAUAUUAUAAGUAUAUUAAAGUAUAAAACAAUGAUUUUAAAUUGUAAUAUUACACAAUAUUACUGUUUUUGCUGUAUUUUUGUUUCAAAUAAAUGCAGCCUAAAACCCAAACCAAAAUGUGGAAUGGUAGUGUGAUCUAAAUCAUUUUUUAACAUUUCAUGUUGAAUAUACGUUAUUGUUUUAAGAAUGAACACCAUACCUAAUGCAUUAACUAAAGCUGAACUAUUUUAAACUGUUUACAAUUACCAUUACAUCUGACAUCAGUCCUGGUCAUAGAUGAUUUUAAUAGUAUCCACAUCCUGCUCUUCUAGUAUUUGGUCAAUAAUCUCAUCUUUUGAUGAAGAAAACAAGCUUGCAUUUACUUUGACAAUCCAUGCUGUGAUCCUUUGGUAAGUAUAAUACUCGUCCUCCUGAUUGUCCAUCAUUUCAUUCAUUUCAUUCUCAUUUUCCAUCUCAAUAGCCGAAUCAGAGAAUGGCUGAUUCGAUACACUCGCUGAACCCUUCAUCCUUUCUGUCAUCACUUUGCUGUUUUUGGCACUGACGUUACUGGGCUCUAUAUCCAGAAGUCCAUCCUGUGGCUGCCCUGCUGAUGCAUCAGAAAUCUUCAAGCCGUCCUGUCUCGGGUCUUGGUUUUGAACCUGCAGCCCAUCAUUAAAAACAGCCAGUCCGUUGCAGAUCAGCUGACAUCCCUGCUUUUGUCUGCUGAACAAUGCCUUGUCCAUCCUUACGCAGGUGGACAAGAUAUUGGCUUUCUUCUCCUGACAUCCAACUCCCCAGCUUGACACACAUGUUUUUGCACUAGACAUGGAAUUGGUGGAUAUUCUUGGGCUGUAUAUUGGAGGCAGUGGGCUACUCUUUGCCAAAGUCCUGCCAUCGUUUCCUUCCGGCAUUAAAACCUUACGAGGUUUGAAGGUUUGCUCUUUUCGAUUUCCAGCCAGUUUCCACCCUGAUGAUAAAUUGUAGGAUCCCUUCAUUCCAAUCAACUCCAGACAGAUGGGCACAGAUGGACUUGAGGUCUUCAA